AUACUUGAUAAAAAUCACGUGACUUAUAGCCAUACCUGUGUCCUUUGAACUUGCGUCUUUUAGCAGCAGCCUACACUUCAGCGUGGAACAAAACGGCGCACGUGUCAGCCGGACGAUGGACUCUGCCACCGACGAGAGCAAUCCUCUGGACGCCGCCGCGGCACGAGCGAAGCGGGUCCUCCGCGAGAACCAAGCGCGUGCUGAUAAACUUAAAAACGUGCUCUGCAUCCUCCAGGGCAACCAGGACGCGGCGAAGCGUGCACUGGAGGAUGCAGUCACGCGUCACACUGAGGCCGUCUCCACUUGGAAGGUGGCCUUCCGGCAGGUGAUUGACGUACAGUUUGUGAACAAGGCCAAGUUCCUGCAGGAUCAGCUGGCCGUGGUGCGGCGCGCGUCAGUUGGACUGCACACGAGUCUGGAGCGGCUGGAGGCGCUACGGCUGAACCCGGCCGCCGCCGCCGCCGCGCCGGCCGUGACAGAUGUCCUCGAGAGGUACAUCGCCGAGAGUCGGGAGGUGCAGCCCGAUCAAUUGCUGCACUUCACGUUCCGCGAAGUGCCACCGGACCGUUGGGCUCGCUCCAGGCUAGCUGUGGGUUACCUGCAGACAUGCUCGCUCUGCCCGACAGACCUCACGCUAGAGGAGGUGGCAGCCGAUGGGCUGGCUGUCACGUUCAGCGCAAAGAGUGAGCGACCUUACGAUGCGGCCACUGUAACCCACAUGUCGUACAGUGUGCUGAACGAACAUGGGAAGGAAGUCACAGAAGUUGUCUGGGUGGACGGUCACAACGGGUGCUUCUCGGCUACGUUUCGCGCCGCAGCCCCGGGGCCACACGUGGUGUCCGUCUACCUAUACAGCGUGCAUAUCAAUGGCAGUCCCAUGCGCAUCUGUGUGGCAGGCUCUAGCGGCAGCGCAGCGGUGAAAGACUCGUCGUCGCAAACGGUGGAUUCCCUAGGAGACGUGGCCGAUUACGAGGGCGACUUUGUGGGAUGGAUGCGCGCCCGUCUGGAACGGGAGAUCUCGCAGCCGAGCGCGCAGGCUCUCAUGGCUGUCGAGGGUGGCGCCGUGGCUAGGCCGGUGUGCCGCCCGCAGGCGGGGAGUGGUCGGCUGCGCCUGCCCCGCCACACAGGCCUAGAUCCCAACAACAACAACAACGGUGAGUCCGCCGACUGGAACGCUCAUCUGUUCAACGCUGAGGAAAACGAGAGAUCCAAAGACAAGACCGAGCGUGAUGUGCCCAACGAUGAUGACACGGCCACGAGGAUCCGCGCCGCUUUGAUGCGGUCGCUGGACGGUUCGGCUGUCAGCGGCGGAUCGGGGGAUGGUCCAGUCCAGAGCGCUAAGCGUGAGGUCAGGAGGCCAGUAGCUCCGCCACCUCUGAAGAAGAGCACCGUCGCUGGCGCGGUGUCCAGCUCCCUGCAAAGCUCUGCUCGGAGUGCGGCCAUGAGUGCCAGUGCUGGGCUAUCCAAGCCGCCUGACGUGGACGCUAGGCCGUGCUCUGUCGCCGAUUCUACCACCACGAGUCUGUCGGCUGACUUCAGUCGGAUGUCGAUCCCCGGUGAGCCGAUCGACAGUCUCCGGAGGCCAGUGUCCACUGCACCGGAAGCUUCUGCUGCGCCCGUCAUACAGGUCACCGUGAAGCAGAACAGCAAGUCCAGCAGUCCUGAAAGGUUGGUGACAGAGUCGAACACCCAGAAGGUCGUAGAGGAGUUCCGUAGGGCUUUUGAUAUCCCCGGCGGCAGUCCUGUGGGGAAGGGUGAAGGCGUCGUAUCGUACGGAGAGCCAGGCCGGCAGUGGGAUGAAGACAAAGGUCUGGCCACGGAACGUGACGAUCAGGGCAGGGCGAAGAAGCCGCAGAGCAGAAGCCAGACACCAGUGUCAAAGUCCGCGGGGACCAGUGAGGCUCUCGGCUCGGCAGAUUCGGUAGGCUCCGGACGUGGUGAGCGCGCUCCGCCACAGAAACAGUCUCAGGUGCGCGUGACUGCUCCACGUCCUCUGCGCACCGUGAGGGUCACCUCUGACGAUCUGGAGGCGGUGGCUGCUGCGCCACCUAACCUCGCUCAGGGCUCCGUCUCCGCGAAACUGGACCUCUUGCUGCGUCCAACUCCUCUGUUCAAGCACCCGAUCGGGGUUGCUGCAAAAGGCGAUGUUCUGUACGUUGCCGACACGGGAAACGACAAGGUACGCGCCUUCUCUGACUCAGGUGCCGAGCUUCAGUCGCCGAUCCCGUCGCUACGGCGACCCUCGGCCCUGGCGGUACUAAGCGAGGACCGGCUGGCCGUAAGGUUUGAUUCGGGCGUCCGGGUGUAUUCCGUGCCGUCGGAGGGGCAAGUGCGCCUGCUCUACGACCUGGGUGGUGGUCUGCUGAAGCGGCCGUUCGGACUAGCCGUCACCAGCAGCGAACGGCUGGUGACCGUCGACGCGAUCAGGGGGAAGCCGGUGGUGCACGUGUUUGACGCGAGCCCAUCUGGCGAGGGUCGUCCCGUGCACUCGGUCGACAUCUCUCAGCAUGUCCGCCAGCCAGAAACGUCGAAGCUCUACUUCGUCGCGGCAAGUGAGACGCGCUUCGCUGUUACCGACCUGGGUAACAACGUGGUGCUCCUUCUGAACUGGGAAGGUCGUCUAGUGGCUCGAGUUGGCGAAGAUGUCGGUCCUAGAGCGCGACUCUACGACCCGGCAGGCUUGGCGCUCGACGCUGCCGGCAACCUGCUCGUGGCGGAUUCGAAACACCACCGCAUCGUGGUCUUCGCGUCGGAUGGGACCCCUCGAGGAUGUGUCUCGACGUCCCACAAGCUGAACCGGCCGUCGGGCAUAUGCCUCCAAGGAGCCAGGCUGUACGUGCUGAACUACUGGGACAACACGGCUCAUAGUUACAAGCUUACCGUGAGCGAGCAGUAGGCUAAAAUAGCCCCAAAGACUGGGUUGCCGUGACACGAUCCAAGUUGAGCCCAAGUCAGGGUCCAUGUCCGUGACGCGAUCGAAGCUGAGCCCAAUCCAGGCUCCAUGAAUCGGUUAUCGCAGAUUUGUGUGUUCAUUGAGUGUGUUGUGUACCUAUAGCGUAUGUAUAUUAUAUUCAUGUGAAGUCUUCCGUUGUGUUGCGUCAGGCGCAGAUGUUUUGUUAAUCAAGUUUAAUACACUUUGUUCCUAA